AUGACGAUGAUAGCACAGGUCAUCACAGACAAGUCUGUUACUCGGCUUCCUUUGAAGCACAAACCGCCACAGGUAAAGCAAUUGUCAACUUUACCUGCAGUGGAUUGCUCCAGUGUGGUCAAGGUUGUUAGGACUUACCUGCAGUGGAUUGCUCAAGUGUGCUCAAGUUUGUUUGGACUUACCUGCAGUGGAUUGCCCCAGUGUGUUGAAGCUCUGCUCUUUGCCGAAAUAGAAUCAAAGCUAUGGACAAGAUAUAUGAUAAGUCAUCCUUAUGAGAUUAUUGGAAAUAUUUCACUUACGUCACCUGUUGUGUCGCGUGGACAAUGUUCAAUGUUCUGUGAAAUGCACGAGAUGUGCAACAUGUUUGAAUAUGAUGACGUCACCAAACUGUGUAACGUUUUCCAUGGAAUACAACCAUCGAUAGGCAAUGAUCCGUUCCCAAUUGGUCAACGGUCAGUUUUCAAACACAUUGAAGGCUGUGCUGGAACUGGUUAUACACUGUUGGGAGACGGCAUGCUGUGUUUUAAAGUGUUUUGGAUAAGACGUACAUGGGCUGACGCAUUUGCUGCCUGUGGGAAUGACGGUGGAAGGCUGUUAGUCUUGAAGAAUUCCGAACAACUGCACUAUUUUCUUUCAAAUGUUAAAGAACUGGCUGGAAAAAUGUAUUUUUGGAUCGGUUUAACAGACCGGUUGUUGGAAGGUGAAUGGAUAUUUGUUGACGGCACCUACUUGAACCAGUCGAUGUGGCCAUCUCUGAAGUUUGACAACUACUGCAGUGGUUCUGAUUAUGAUCCAUAUGACGCUGAUUGUGCCAUCUUGAAAACCAAGAAUAGAGUUAUAGCUGAUUGUGAUUGCAGUAGGAAAAGACAUUACAUUUGUGAACGUCCCUUGUUUGCUGGAGAUCCUUGA